AGAGAGCCUUCCCCCACCAACUCACUCCAUCUAGAAGGUCUCAAGGUGGGUCAAAUCAAAAGCCUAUAAAACUCACUCCCUCUGCUCGUUCCACGCCGACCUUAUUGCCGCUCUCCCAAUCAACCAACCACUGACUCUCCCCCCAUGGGAAGGUCCCCUUGCUGUGAGAAGGCUCACACCAACAAAGGUGCCUGGACCAAGGAGGAAGACGAUCGCCUCAUCUCUUAUAUCCGCGCUCACGGCGAGGGCUGCUGGCGCUCCCUCCCCAAGGCCGCCGGCCUCCUCCGCUGCGGCAAGAGCUGCCGCCUCCGCUGGAUCAACUAUCUCCGCCCUGACCUUAAACGCGGUAAUUUCACCCACGACGAAGACGAGCUCAUCAUCAAACUCCACAGUCUUCUCGGCAACAAGUGGUCUCUCAUAGCCGGAAGAUUGCCUGGCAGGACCGACAAUGAGAUCAAGAACUACUGGAACACCCACAUCAGGAGGAAGCUUUUGAACAGGGGAAUCGAUCCUUCCACUCACCGCCCCCUCAACGUGUCCGCCGAUUCUGCCCACCCCAAUCAAGACGCCGCCACCAUCUCUUUCUCCAAACAACAGGAUAGUGAUGACGGCAAGGCGAGCGUGUUCGCCGACCUUCACAGGGAUGCGAAAAUGGGUGUGGCCGUAGAGCGAUGCCCUGACCUGAACUUGGAGCUCACCAUCAGUCCUCCUCAUCAGAACCAGGAGGCGGAGGAUCGAGUUCAGCCCAUCCUCAAGAGCGGCGGAGGAGGGAGAAGCCUCUGUUUCGCUUGCAGUCUGGGUUUGCAGAACAGCAAGGAGUGCAGCUGUGGAAUCGUUGGCAACAUUAGUGGCGGCACUAGCGGGAGUAGUAGCGCCGGCGGCUAUGAUUUCUUGGGGUUGAAAAGUGCUGUUUUGGAUUACAGAAGCUUGGAGAUGAAAUGAAGCGGCGGACUGUACUUUAUACUAUAGCAUAUCAUUGUUGUAGAACAGGAAACGGGGAGGGAGAGUGAUGUUGAAUUGUUAAUUUUGAAGUCUUCUCUUAAUUCUCUUCUCCUCUCUAGAUUGUAUAAGCAAUUACUGAUGCAUAGGAUAUAGUAUAAGCCGUACAGUUGACGCCGUGAUCA